AUGUCGGAGCAGAAGUUUUCGCCUGUCACUCCAGUCCCGAAUAACAAUAUGAGGGAGGUGCUGGAGCGAUUCAAGCAACGUCGCCUCAAGUCUGAGGCAAUAUUGAGAGCUUUGAAGGAGCAAGACGCAGCCAUGGGAUUUGGUUCCUUCAAUGAUAUGCCUCAGCUUCGGAGAUCAAAUUCCCAGGAAGCGGAUGAAAAGAAGUCCCGAGUCGACUUUGCCCUGAAGAACUUUACGAACACGCUUUCUAGAACGCUGGGUUUCCUGGAGAUUCCUUUCCUUGAUUAUCUUGCCGCGACAACCACGAUGUCAGUGGUAUUGGCCAUAGACCAUGAAAGGCAAAAGAUCCGAUUUCCAGACCUCGCUGAUUCCGAGCCCAAGAAUGCGGAGUAUGAAGAUCUCGAAUUCUACUUCCAUAAGAUUGGAGAAGCAGUAAUUGACGGAGGUGAAGAUCUGGAUGAUGCCUCCCAAUUUACCGAAGAAACCUCAAGCUUGAGACACACACUGGCUCUUGAUAUCAUCAGACUAGGAUUGCGGCAGCUGGCCCAGGCGCAACUGGAGUCGGGGAAGAGGUCCCUUUGGUCGUGA